GCCCGCCCUGCGGCGGCGGCGGAGUGGGGCCGGGCGCCGGCAAACUUAGGCGCGGGGGCGGCCCAUGGGGGACAGGUGUCAAGCGCCCGGUUGCCCUGCAGGUCUCCGACGAAAGCCAUCCACGGAGGAGGGAAAGUUGCGGGCGGGACGCGGCGGGCGCCGCCGCCCCCGGCCCCAGGGGGAGCGUGCGGGGGCAGAGGGAGCAGCGGGCAGCCCGGCCGCGGCAGUCUGGGACCGCGCCGGCCGGCGUGUUCCGCCCAGCCGAGGUGUUCCCUCCCCUCCCAGCCGCUCGCCCCCUCCUCCCUCCUCCUCCGUCGCCGCCGACGCCUCCUGCGGCCCCCCCGCCUCCCGUCGCCGCCGCGUCGCGGGGGAGCCCCGCAGCCCGGGAUUUUAUCAGAGGCUCGCUGUGGGGCUCCAGAAUGCUUCAGUUCUCCACCGUCUUGACCCUUCUCCUGCUUUUUUCUCUCUGGUAUCUAGCCAAGCAGGAGGUGAUCCCUUUUGUGCCAUCUUGCCACUGGCAUAACUACAACAUGAAUGGCUCUGUUUUUGCAGCAAUCUCACAAGCUGGAAGAAAGCAACUCGCUAACAGAAGUUUCAUGCCACCAUUGAGUGUCUUGUUUGGAACUAUAAUACUAACAGAGAAGGAUGCUUGAUUUCUUGUUUCUGACACUUCACCAGCUCCAGGAGGGAUUUUUUCUUUGGUGGUGAAGGUGCUAGACUUUUACAAAUCCCCUCUUCUUCAUUUUUCUACCAUCUUCUGAAUGCCUAGCUUGCAAGUGGCAUGCCAGGACAGCAUACUUCCAGUCUAAAGGAUUAAAAAAGGAAGACUGUUUUUCUGUUCAGCCUGAAUUUUGAGCAUAACCUAGAGGAAUAUGUGUGAGACUGUAAAUGCUUCCCCCUGACCACUUGGCUGUACCUCCUGGUGCCUGAGUGCAUAUCCUGAAUAUGGUGGCUGUUGGGGGACAGGUGGGCUGCAGGAUGAGGUGCUACCCUCAAAACCCUUGCUCAUAAAAGUGUAGUCUGCAAAAUGCUUUCGUAGCUUAAAAAUGCAGCUUGCUCGUGAUUAAAAUUUUGUAGCCAGACACAGCAUGUAAAAAUUCUAGGCUUAUUUUCAUUAAUACAUUCUAUGAAAACAAAA